CUGGAUCUGGAACUGGGUCGACUGACUUGAUGUGUCAUAUUUUUAAUAAAAUUUUAUUUAGUUUUGUAAAUGUUAACAAUUAAUGUUGUGAUUAAUUCAAUAAUAAAUUCAAUAAAUAGACUAAAGUGUUCCAUGAUGGACAAUGAUAUUCAAGAAGAACCCAAAAAAGUUGGAUGUGCACAUUAUAAACGACGGGCUAAAUUUGUAACUCCAUGCUGUAAUAAACUAUACAUGUGCAGAUACUGCCAUGAUGAGAAUGAAGCUCAUUAUUUUCAUAGAAAAACAGUCACAGAACUAAUGUGCACAGAAUGUGAUACUCGACAGAAAGUUCAAGCUGAAUGUGAAAAAUGUGGAGUCAGAUUUGGUCGGUACACGUGUUUAAUCUGUAACUUAUUUGAUGAUGAGGAUAAAAGCCAAUAUCAUUGCGAUGGUUGUGGAAUAUGUCGAAUUGGGGGACGAGAUAGCUUUUUUCAUUGCGAAGUCUGUAAUAUGUGUCUUCCAGUGCAACUCAAGGUUGAAGGACAUAAGUGUGUAGAGAAUGUAUCAAGAUCUAAUUGCCCUGUAUGUCUGGAGGAUAUCCACACCUCUCGCAUUCCAUGCCAUAUACCAGAUUGUGGACAUUUAUUGCACAGAACUUGUUUCGAAGAGCUGCUUCAUUCUGGUCAUUAUGCAUGCCCAACAUGCCAAACAUCUAUGCUAGAUAUGAAACAGCUAUGGAGUUAUUUGGAUAAUGAAGUUCAGAUGACUCCUAUGCCCCCAGAGUAUGAGAAUGUAAAAACUGAUAUAUUAUGUAAAGAUUGUCACAAGGAAUCGACUGUUAAAUUUCAUGUAGUUGGUCUAAAAUGUUUACACUGUGGUGCAUAUAAUACAUGCCGUACCAAAGGCUGUGCUACUAAUUUUGCAUCUCCUGAUACUCUUCCUGAGUUAUCAACACGGGCACCUUUAGUAUUGGAUGUCAAUGGUUCAAGCCAGAAUUCAAACAGCAGUGAUGUGGCCCUUCCCGGUAGCUCAACAUCUCAAGAUGAAACAACUGAAGAAGAUCAAUAAAGAUUUUAUUGUAUUUACAAGCAGAAGUUGUUAAUAUAUAUCAGAAUCUCGCAACUUAUCUAGUAAAUUUGGUAGCAUUUUUCUGCUAAUUUUAAUAGACGAAUAAUGUAAUUAGGGAAUUUGAAAAUUUGCAUGCACACGAAUACAAUUUUUAAAUGAAUAUU